GGGGCCAGCAGCAGGCGAGGUGGGCGGGGCCGGUAGCAGGUGCAGCAGGAUUGUGUCAGGAUGUGGAGGGUCUGACACACACGGACACAGAGACCCCUCACCCUCUCCCUACAGGGAGCAGCAGGGUCACCCCCUGCACAGCGCCCCCAACAGACCGCAUCAAUACAGGUAUACUCACUCACUCACUCAGACUCACUAAUACUGCCCUAUCCUCACUCACACUCACUAAUACUGCCUCAUACUCACUAAUACUGCCCUAUCCUCACACUCACUAAUACUGCCCUAUCCUCACUAAUACUGCCCUAUCCUCACUCACACUCACUAAUACUGCCUCAUACUCACUAAUACUGCCCUAUCCUCACUAAUACUGCCCUAUCCUCACUAAUACUGCCCUAUCCUCACUAAUACUGCCCUAUCCUCACUAAUACUGCCCUAUCCUCACUCACACUCACUAAUACUGCCUCAUACUCACUAAUACUGCCCUAUCCUCACUCACUAAUACUGCCCUAUCCUCACUCACUAAUACCGCCCUAUCCUCACUCAUACUCACUAAUACUGCCCUAUCCUCACUCACACUCACUAAUACUGCCCUAUCCUCACUCACACUCACUAAUACUGCCCUAUCCUCACUCACACUCACUAAUACUGCCUCAUACUCACUAAUACUGCCCUAUCCUCACUCACACUCACUAAUACUGCCCUAUCCUCACUAAUACUGCCCUAUCCUCACACUCACUAAUACUGCCCUAUCCUCACUAAUACUGCCCUAUCCUCACACUCACUAAUACUGCCCUAUCCUCACACUCACUAAUACUGCCCUAUCCUCACUAAUACUGCCCUAUCCUCACUCACUAAUACUGCCCUAUCCACACUCACUAAUACUGCCCUAUCCUCACUAAUACUGCCCUAUCCUCACUCACACUCACUAAUACUGCCCUAUCCUCACUCGCUAAUACUGCCCUAAACUGCCUCAUACUCACUAAUAAUGUCCUAUCCUCACUCACACUCACUAAUAAUGCCCUAUCCUCACACACUCACUAAUAAUGCCCUAUCCUCACACUCACUAAUACUGCCAUAUCCUCACUCACACUCCCCUGUACUGUCCACACUCACAUUCACUUAUACUGCCCUAUCCUCACUCAUACUCACCUGUACUGCCCACACUCAUACUCACCUGUACUGCCCACACUCAUACUCACCUGUACUGCCCACACUCACACUCACUUAUACUGCCCUAUCCUCAUUCACACUCACUUAUACUGCCCUAUCCUCACUCACACUCACCUGUACUGUCCUCACUCACAUUCACUUAUACGGUAUUUUGUACCACCUAGUACUUUAGGGUCAGGGUGUGGUAUUGAUAUUGACUAGGUGGUAGUACUUGACUGACCUGUUCUGACCAGUGCUAAUAUUGUCAGUGCUUUAACUCUCCUGCCCUACUAAAAUACCAUGAAAAGACUUUAAGUACACCCAUUCUGUUUGUAAGACAACUUUUUAAAAGUAAUUAUCCCUACAAAAAAGAUCUAAAUUGACAUUUUACAAAGUAUUAAUUUCCAUUCUUUUUCUUUAUUUACCACUGUACUAUAAAGAAAAGUUGCUGUUUCAGCUGUGCUUUUUCGAGAUUGUUCUAAAGAAUCGAUGCAUUUAUUUGUUUUAAACCAAAAAGUUGACGAGGAAAUUGCAAUGUUUGCAAACUGAUCACAUUGUAAAGCUGCUCAGACAGACUUUGCUAUUUUGGCCAAAAAAAGUGCAAUUUUCUUGUCCAGUUUUCCAGAAUUUAUAGUUUAUAUUACCCUCCGAAUUUCAAAGCAAAGAUUUGUUUUCCUUUCUAAUACCAUACAAAGCACACAGUUUCUAUUUUUUUAUACAGAUUGUGUAUGGUAAAAGACACCUGUUUUUGGGAACUAGAUCAGCAGGUGUAGCUACACACCUUAUCACACCAGGAACUGGAACUAUGUAAAGGACUAUUGCUAGAGGCCAAUAUUUACUUUGCCAACUCUCUGCGUAUUUGCUGUCUAAAAUCGUUUUUGUUUUUUUUUUGUUUUUUUUUUCUCGUUAACCCACCAUAUUCAAUUUAGGACUUUUAGGUAGCUUAAGCCAUAAAAAAAAAAAAAAAAAAAACCACACCACUUUGGUUUUCAGUGUUGUAAUGCAAUCUCUUUUGACCCCCCAAAAAAUUUUAAUGAAAUUUCUCCAUAGAAUAAAUACAUUCCUGAGAACUAACGCAAUACCACAAAAUUAAUCUAUCUUCAAGUUCUCUGUAUAAUGCUGAUGAGAACUCAGUGGGCUAAUUAAUCUGUUCAACUCUUGGUCGCUGGUUCAAAUCCCAGUAGGGUCAACUCAGCCCUUCAUCCUUUCGAGGUAGAUAAAAUGAUUACCAUUCAAUUGGGUAACCGUAACAUCCCCUGGAUGUUGGGCUAAGGUAACAUCCCCAGGACGUACUUGACAACCAGUGUAAUCUGAAUGUACCUUUUCCUGGUUAAAUACUUUGUUAUUAUUUAGCGUUAUGUAAUGAAAAGAAAAUCUAUUAUUUUCGAUUUGUUUUUCCUAUCAUGAAAAUAGAAGUAUUCGAUAAUCUAUAUUAUGAAAUUGGGAAGCUUGUGUGUCCUAUACUUUUAAAGGAGCACUCUGGGUUCCAUAACAACUUUAUUGUAGUGAUGUUGGUACCCAAAGUGUCCCUUAAAACGUCUCCUUUACCUGAAAUGGGGAGGAGCACCUAUUGGAAGCGGACAUUUAGAUUUUUGAAAGCCUAAAUAUCUUCUACAUUGCCAGGUGUCCUAGUCGGGUUUUUAUUAAUAUGUCUACAUUACACGUACAUCGUUGGGGACAACUAUAUUUUCAAUUCCGAGUCCGCUUUAUAUUCAAGCUUGGCUAUUCCGGAUAAAAAAAUAAAUAAAAUAUCAAAAGCAGUACCUCCAAAAUGAUUCUCUGGGAGUGCUCAUGCAUGCUUGGGCACCUCAUAAAUAAUGGCACUUAGGGCAUUUCUUUCAAAAUGACUUGGAGAGAGGUAGCAGUGUGGCUAGACUAUAUAUUUAUACGAGGAAUUGAUGGUGGAUGUUAUAAGUUACUUAGAUAUCCCGAUUCCCAAUAGUUAUCUCUAUAGAAGAAGGAAGUUCCUGCCUCAUUUUGCUGCCCUGUUAUAAAAUAAUUGUGAUGCAGGGUGAAGUGCGACGGAGUGGCCAGUAUGAUCUCCCAUUUGUGGUUUUUGAGAGAGUGGGAAAUUUGUCACAGAGUAAUGAGCAACUCCGUAUCUCCCUGUUAUAUAUGACUAUUACACUCUCUAGUGUUCAAAUGGUAUUCAAUUGGAAUGAUAAAAAACUUAGAACUAUUACUAUGUGAACAAAUGAGGCUUUACUUAUCUAUUCUUAGAUAUAGAAUGUGCUAAUUGAUUGGAAUAGCUUGACUCCCAAUUAGUAGUACUCCAUUAUAAUCCCAAAGUCUAGAUGGAAUAUUUCUUUAAGGUGAAACUGGGCACACCCUGGACACCAGAACAAUUUACCAGUAAAUUUUCAAUGAGCCAUAUGUGGAGAGAAGUAGAGAGAAGAACCAAUGGUACAGUAUGUAGAAAUAAAUGAAUAUAUAUAAAAUUAAUUUGGAAUUACUCACAAUUUCCAGAGCUAAAAUCCAGCUCUGGUAUGAAGUACGUGAAGUGGAAUGAUCCCCACUCAAGGAUAUAUGGAGUUGUAGCUUGAAAAUAGGUGGUCCACCGAGGAUUCCGACCUAUUUUUAAACUACAACUCCAAAUAUCCUUGAGUGGGGAUCAUUCCACUUCAUGUACUUCAUACCAGAGCUGGAUUUUAGCUCUGGAAAUUGUGAGUAAUGCCAAUUUAUUUUAUAUAUAUUCAUUUAUAUCUACAUACUGUACCAUUGGUACUUCUCUCUACUUCUCUCCACAUAUGGCUCAUUGAAAAUACAAGUCAUCAUUUUGGACGAACCAUCAUUACUCUACAAGAACGUUCUCCAUUUAUUGUGGACUAUUACCUUGGACAUUUUAUCUUAAUUCUUAUUUUAUUUUAAUAUAUAUUUUUUAGCUAUAUAUUAUCUAUUUUUUAUAUAUUUUUAUUAAAGGCGCACCCUCUUUCUUUUGUUUUUUUGUUUCUUACUAAGUUGUAGGGGAUAGGAGGGUACUCCCCAAUAUAGGUGUGCUGCCUCUUCAUUAUUAUACACAAAAAAAUUUAUUUGUGGCAUUGCUAGCGCUGAUCCUAUUUUGAUUGUUGUCCUCUUAUUAUCUGCCCAUUAGGACUGCUUUGAAAUAUGAUUUUAGAUCGUAAGAGGACAGUGACUGGCUAUGGGUAUGUUGUAGGAAGCUGCACAUUUAAAAAACAAUUUUUUUUAAAUGUAUUUCUACAAAGCUAGAGAUUUGAAGGAGAAGGAAAUACAGCAUGACUAUAAGCCCCAAACCUAUCAAAUGCACUGACGCUGUGAUGGUGCUGAAGUGUCCCUUUAAGGCCUAUUCCAUAAUUUAACCAUAAACUAACUUGUAUUCUUCUGUUGAUAGGUUUCCUGAAGACAGCGGUUACAAGUUGAAAACAUGAGCUCUCCCAAGCAAUGGGACAUCAGCCGGGCCCUGGCAACAGCUGGCUUCUUCCACUUCUUCCACAACAUUGGGAACUUUUGUGUGAUGCCUUUUUUAACCAUCUUCUUCCGGCAGCUUGGCCUGAGUGCCCCUCUUGUGGGUAUUUUAAUAGGAAUGAAACAUCUCGUUUAUGUUCUCUGGGCACCCCUGAGCUCUUACUUGGCUAAAACCAACAGCAAACGGCGGAUCCUGAUCAUGAUGUCUCUGAUUCUCUCAGCAGGAGCUGGCUUAAUUCUCACCUUUUACCCUCCCCUGGAUAAAGACAUAAUUUCAAGGCAUUGCAAUGGUAGCAAUCCCUGGAAAGAUCAAUUAAUCACACCCGGUACUGUGAAUUUAGGUGGAUUACAACCUCAGAAUAGCAGUUUGAGUCAUAUAGUACUUGAAAGCUCAAUAACCACUCCAAUAGUGUCUACCUCAAUUCCAGUCACUGUUAAAGAAGUUUUCAAUACCAGCUCUCCUGUGGAAAUGUCAUCAAGUUCUGUUAAUUCCACAAUGGAUCUAGAACCCACCGUUCAUCAUUCUAGUCCAUCCAUCCAUUUAAAAACCUCCACUCCAGGGUUAUCUGAUCAGUCACUAUCUUCAAAUGUGCCUGAAGAGAAAUUAAAAAAGGCAAAUGAUGGAAAAAGUAGGCUGACUACUGUCCACACAGGACAUACAUCUGCCACCGAAGUUGUUCAUGAUGGCCGGAGCGACAUUCCAAAGGUUGAAAAUCAAGCAAAUUCCUCUAGUCACAGGUCUGACAAACCCACUAGUAAGAAAAAAGUUAGAGAUGUCAAUUUGGAACUUUCUUACCCAAGCUAUUUCUUUAAUGGUGAACACAAGAACUUUCUAAUUUCAUUGGGAGCUAUAAUAAUUUGGGAGCUAAUGGCCUCUCCACUAGAAUGGACAGUUGAUGACAGUUUGUAUGAAUAUCUUGACUUUGUAGAUGCUACUGACCGGCAUGGAAAACUUUGGAUAUUUAGCUACUUGGGAGCAUGCUUGGGUUCCAGUUUAAUUACCUUGCUGGUAGACAACAUUGAUUGUUUCUUCAUUUCCAGCAUCCCUCGAGUCUACCUGCAUUUCUACGGCUACUCAGUCUUCAUAAUUUUAACUUUAAUGUUGAGUCCCUUGUUCCCUAUUCACGUUUCCAAAAAAAGUGAACAUGCCAACAAAACUUUGAAAGCCUUAGGUCUGAUUGGAAAUGAUGGACGAGUCAUCCUGCUGUCAGUUACAGUUUUCUUGACCGGGGCAUUGGCGUCUUCGGCUCAGAACUUCCUUUUCUGGAGGAUGCAGGAUGUAGGCAGCACAGAGUUGUACAUGGGACUUUCCAUCACCAUUGCCCUUCUGUCGGAAAUUUUACUGUACAUAUUCAGAACAAAGCUUAUGAAGGCAAUCUCAUUUAAAUGGAUGGUCGUCCUGGGCCUAGGUUGUUUGGCAAUGCAGUUGUUGGCUUACUCCUUUAUACGGACUUCCUGGGCUGUGUUGCCCAUCCAGGUUCUGAGUGCUUUCAGCAAUGGAGCCCUGUGGUGGACUGUACUGUCACAAGUUGAUGAUGUAGCCACCCCUGGGACAGAAAGAUCUCUCCAGCUGGUCCUUCACUGCCUCUUCCAUGGCUGCGGCGCCAGUGUAGGAAGUUUUGCCAGCGGUUUCAUAGUUAGCAGUUUUGGCCUCCCCAUUCUCUACCAAGCAUGUGCCGUAACCUUGGUUCUCUGGAUCAUGCUGUUCCUAUUAGUCCAGCCCAAGCUCCCCCAUGUAAAGAAAAUCAACUAUUCAAGACUUCUUGCUGCAGAUCAGAGUGAUAUGAGUGAUUCAGAGGAGGAGCAGGACAGAGACUGGUUAGUGGAAGCAUUGAAAGAGGAAACGAAAAUAACAAAAUGGUAAUUUUAUACCAAGAGCUUUGGGAGGACAGAGACAAAUCAAACUCAUCCCAAGAGUGACCAUUUCAUUCUGCUAUGCUGGGACACCUUGUAAUUUGUAUAUUACUUUACUGUAUGCCAAUGGAUAAAAGGGUAUUUUAUACAAACUUCAGAUUGUAUUGAGUGGUAUUAACUACAUUUAUUUAUUUAUAUAAAUAUUUUUAUUUAAAAAAGAUCAUCCCCAAAUGUGUACUAUUUGAACAGUAAGUUUCUCCAGCUGCAUUAUUACUUAGAUGGACACUCCAAACACCUAAAGCAGUUUAGCUGAAGUGCUUUUAUGUGUGUAAUCCGUGAUUAGACAACCACAGAAAGUCUGGGCAAGAGAGGACUUGCAAAGCCUGCAGACUAGAGAUCUGCAGCAUUUGCAAACUGUUUUUUAGAUUUACCCCAAUGGAAAAAAUGCAUAAUUAAAGCAAGCUUGUUUUCAUUAGGAGUGUAUCCACUAAAUAGUGUUUGUUUUUAUUUAUUUGGGCUGUGGAGUGUCCCUUUAAGUCUUAACAGCAUGUUGCAAAUUUAACAGAUUUCAAAGGAAACUAUAGUGCCAGGAAAACAAACUCUUUUUCCUAGCACUAUAGAUUCCCUCUCUGUCAAGGCCCCCUCCCGCGGCGCUCCUUCAGUCACCUGGUCCAGCGCCAACAUCUGCCGGCGGGGGAGAACUAAUGUGCAUGCGCUGUAUUUGGGAUCUCUCCAUAGGGAAUCAUUAUGUUUAGACAAUUAAAAGUCGUCUAAGAAGCUGGAAGUCCAUCUAGUGGCUGUCUACCAUACAUAGAGCCUUGCAACUAUGUAUGAAUGAAGAAAUUCAAUGUAUGGUGACUGCUGAAUAACACACCUAUAAACCCUUAGUAGUCCUAUUGAGAGGACCAGGAUAGGCUGAUAAAAAAUAUCAUCCACUUCCUGGUUGCCACAGAUUUGUCACAAACAAAACCAAUUCAGGCUUGUUAGUUUAUUUUUACAUUUUUAUUUAAUUUUAUCAACUUUUUUUUUUUUUUUUAUGCAUUAUUAAUUCUCUCAAAAAAAAAUAAAAAAAAAAUACAAUCCUGGGCACAUGGGUGGACUAACAGACAAGUGUUGGCAACAAGAUGAGUUGCCUAUGAAUAUCACAUUAUCUGAGUGCAACAUGCAUUAGAUGGAAUCAAGUUCCGUUUGUCAGCAUUAUUUUACUAGGGUCCAACCUACCUGGAAUGUGAAAAUUCUGAGUAUCUGGUGGGGUCAGGGGUAUAAAAUAUAUUGGUAUUUGCAAGGGGCUGUUUGAGGGUUAACAAGUAUACCCUGUUGAGGUCUUGAGAAAUACCUGAUGUUCUGUGUCAAAAGCAAUUGUGGUGAAUGGUUCUAUAAGGGGAAUAAUCACCAAGGAAACUAAUGAUAUCUUCCUGCAGACCUCUCCACUGUUAGAACUUUGUCCCAGAAUUGGUCUUUAUACAGAGCCCCCUCUGUGUCUUACUCUAUUACCGGAGAGUUCUCUGGACUGUAGCAGCAGAUUUGACAUCUGUAAUUUACCAAUUUAGAGCGAGCUAAUGAGAAAUUCUUGUAAUGCUUUUCUGGAAGCUCUGCUUUUCCCAGAACAAGGAUUUGCAUAACAGCUGCUCUCAUCUGCAGAAAGUAUCUCGAUCCCUGCUUAAUUAUCCUAAUUGGCACUAAUUACGUUCGGGCUCAGACUUCGGCUGCAGGAAGCGUAAGACUUUCUUUAAAUGGGCAUGAAUUGCCUAGGUUGUGAAGAGCUAAAAAGUGAUUUUGUACAGUGUAAAACACAUGAAAAGAUUCAGAAAUACUGAUUGAGUCUAAUUAGAAUCAACGGAUAGGUCAUGGACCUAAUUGGAAAUGGGAAAGGGCCAUUUUACACUAUUUAGACUGUGAAUAAGGUAGCAUGGAUAAGUAAAAGGUAUCUGGCUGAUUGGCAGAGACCCUGAAUCUUGAUGAUCUCGACCAACCAGUGCUUUCCCAUAGGAAAGCAAUGGUAGGAGAGUGCGCAUGCACAGCAAAACACUGUGCUGCUCCAAUCAGAUGGCCUCUAUGAGACAAGUUUGAUUGCAUUACCGGCAGAAAACAUUUAAUACAUUUUUUUUUAAAUUGUGAUUGUGUUGAAUAAAACAAAAGUGGACAAAGUCCCAUAACAGGAAUCCUAGUGAAUGGACAAUUAAAUUGUAAAACAAGCCAAACAGUUUUUAGUCUAAAUUUGCAGUUUACUGUUCUUUUUACUAGAGUUCACUGAACGGAGAAUAAACUCAAUAUCUGGAACAGAAAAAAUUCCUGUAGCAAUAGUGUAAUCUGUAUAUUUGUUGGUAGUUUGUAAAACGCUAUAUUGAGAGUGAUUUUAUAAAUUUUCUAGAUAUAGACACCUUUUUACGUGUCUGCCUUUAAAUCAAAGCAAUUUGGUUUAGCUGAGGAUUUGCUGUAAUCUGUACGGGAGAGAAAAAAAGCAAAGUAGAAAAAAUGUGAGGGGAGGGAGGAAAUCCUAAGUGAAAAGAAAUGGAAAUAUGUAAAGUCUAAAAAGUGAAAAGAAAAUGAAUCUGUCACCAAACCGGUUCAGCUAGUCUAUAUAUACGCAAUUGUAUUCCACUGUUGCGUUUUGCCUUAUCGGUCAUCUGAUCUGGUAAUUUUAAAAGGACACUCCAGGCUGUAGGUGUCUCCAUUUAAAAAAAUAUUAUAUAUAUAUUAAAAAAAAUCCUACAUGAAUAAAACAAGUUAGUUUGGUGGGACCAUUUGCCAGUGGUUCUUCCUGAGUCCACCAUUGACAUAUCAGACAGGGUAGCCCAAAAUUGAGAUUGAGACAAUCACGUCAGCCAUUUUUGUGCCCCACCAGUGAAGUGUUUCUCUAGGCAGAGUGCAAAAAGUCCACCACUGGACUAUCCUUUUCAUUGAGGGUGACACUAGUGCAAAAAAAGGCCAAAACAGUGUGUAGACCACCCCCAAGCUGAUAUGGAAGGGAAACCCCAAGUAAAAGAUUGGGUUUCCUACUCCCAGGUACUUACAGUUAUCCAUGCAACUAGUGAUAAAAUAUACUGGACUUUCCAUUGGCUAAUUGGUUGUUCUGUUUGGUAAUGACCUCCAUACCUCGGUGCUUCUCAUUUUUCUGCUUGCUAGCAUCGGCCUAUUUUACCAUAGUCUGUUAAACUCCCAUCAACACUCGUGAUGUAUUUGUAGCCAACUCACAAAGUACUAUACAGAAAGGAGGAACAUUUACCCAAGGAGAAUUGAAAUAUUGAAGAGAAUUUUUCAUUUCUAAAAGAAUACAAGAAGUAACAUCCUAAGUUUCUGUCUUAUGUAAAGAUCCGUUGACGUAGCUCAGUGGUUAAUACCCUUGAAGACAUGUUUCAAAUACCUAUUUUAACCUCUGGCUACCAGAGUCCAAUGCAUUACUGAUUAAAUAACUUGAUUUUAUUAACUGUUAUACAAACAGUGUAUAUAGUAUGUGAAAGAUCGUCGAAUGUGUAUAUAUAUGUGUUUGUUUAUUGUAGAUUGGACGAGCUUUCAAAAGUUUUCCUUCUCUUCCUCAGGUAUGAAGCAAUACUGAUCAAUAUGAUAGUUUAACACCUCAAGCAACUGAUUUUAGAGAAGGAGAGUGAGGGGGUGAGUGGGGUGUCAUAAAUAGCAGAAGAUGUGCCUGAAUGUGAAAGGUGCAGGUUGGCUGAGAAUAGCCAUAAAAAGUUUACAAAGGAGAGUCAAUAAGCUGGUUAAAAAAAACAACCAAAAAAACAGCAGAGCAGGGCAUGCAACUAUAUAGCUUCAUAUAUGUAUGUAUGUAUAUAAAUUGAUCCAAUAAAAGUGAAGCGAGAAUAUUGAAAAAUAACUAUGACAUUAAG